UCCUAUUCGAUCCCCCUCCCGUGCCUCGCUCGUCUUAUCCCCUCCCAUGUUUCCUCUUAUCCCCCUCUCCCGACGACUUCUCUGUUCUUCCUCCCUCUCCCCGACGACUGAGUUCGAUCCCCAGGGGAAUCAGGCGAAUCCGCAGCGGUGACGAACCCUAAUCCGACGACUGGCGCAUCGACGGCUCGCAUCGGCGGCAUUUUCGCACAAGAAGGAGAUGGGGUUGGCCAAGUUGAAGAACCAGAAGGGGAGGAACCAACUGAAUAUCCCCCACGAGGUCUCCGAAAUGACUUAGGUGCCCGAGUGUUCCCUAGGAAGUUAUGCAAGCCUACAUAUAUUACCAGACUGUCUUUCAAGCGUUUCAACAAAACUAUCAAGAAGUUUAGUGACAUUCAAUUAGGCCAUGUGAGAAAGUACAAAAUGGAAGCCCUGCUUCAUAUGCCAUACAAACUUAAUAUCCCAGUGAAUCUGCUUGAAUGGAUAGAUCGGCAUAUGUUUGGAAGUAUAGAGCCAUGUUUCAAGCAUAAGAACAAAGUUAUCAAGAUUACUAAAGAUAUGGUCGACAAUUUUUUUGAUUUCCCUGGUGGCACAGUGCCUUUUGUAUUCAAUAGUGACGAUCCCCAAGUGAAGGCAGAGGUUACAGAGUUAAGGAGCAAGUAUCUUGAUCAUCGGAACAAAAUGCCAAUCAACAAAAUAAAGGAGGUGAUGCUUAGUGACGAGUCAGAAGAUGGUUUGUCAGGAGCUUCACAUUUUAUUUCCUAUCAUCUAUUUUGUGCCCUACGUCAUACUGCUUUGGUAACACCAAGUUCUUGUACUCUCUAAGAGAUGUUUCUGCUAUCCCUUCACUUGACUUUGGAAAUUGGCAUUGGAUUUCAUGCGUGAGGAGUCAGAGAGUCACUUUGAAAUGAUCAUGAACAGACCAAGUGUUGAGGAAAUGAACAAGGCUUCAUAUAUUGGGGGAUGUCUUCCUAUUUGGGGAAUCAUUUAUCUGGAUUUUGUUGAUUUUGAUGUUAUUGAGAAUCAUCAGUCAACUGUGGAUUAUUCUCUUCCUCAGAUAUCUCACAUUAAGAAUGAAGAUUUCAAGUAUCUCACAAUGCUUGAUAGGAAUUACGAGUCUAGGAAAAAUUUCGGGGUUUUACCACUGCGAGACAUAUCACGCACCCCCCCCUAUGCCAAUGUGGCGCCUGUUAACAAUGCUCCUGAUGUUGUUGCUGUGUUUCAUUUAGUUCCUAAUGUGGAGGUCAACAAUGCCAAUAGUGUUCCUGAAGCUCUCAAUGAGGACACGUCAAUUGAUUCAAAAAGUCCACGUAUCAUUUCAGAAGGUCCCUGUUGCACUGCAAAAGUUGAACAAAACGUAAAAGUGAAACAAGAGCCACAUUUGAAAUCAGAGGUUCCCUCCCAAGAUGUCGUUAAGCAGGAGCCAAUCGGACCGAAAUUUGAGAACAUUUCUGUCCUGAAUUCUGUGUACCAAACACCAAUUUUUCCUGUUCAUGGUACAUCUCUGAAUACCAACUCUGUUGAGCAAGCAACUACUUCACAACCUAAGCAGGAAGAAAAAUUUCUAUCAACUGAAGCGGCUGAUAUCAUUUUUUCUAGUGGAGUUAAUGCAAAAAAGAAGUUUUAUAAUGAUUAGUUCUGCUUCUUCAAAUGAAAGAGUUAAGCGCUUCCAAGGGACUCCAACCAUUAUUCAGGAUGAUUCUCCUAUCACUCAUGUUAUUGUGACCGAAGACAUACCAGCCUCUGACUGUGAUACAAGUGUAGGAAUUCUAAUGAACAUGGACUUUGCUGUCCAACAAGGCUAUUCUACAAUGAACAAUGCAGAAGCUGGACCAAGUACAGGAACUAAUACAAUUAAAAAGAAGAAUAGAAAAAAACAGCUAAACUUCAAUCUCCAGAUCCACCCAAGAAGCUCAAAAUAUCUCGAGAAGUGGAUACCUUCUUUUCUAAAUAUCUGAGGAAGCCUAUUUUCCAAGACUAAUAAUAAAUUGUUGGUUACCCCUGAGAAUUUGACAGGAUUAAUUCAGAAGAAAGCCUCUGGAAACAAGACUUGUUAUUCUUCCCUACUAUAAAAUCAAACCACUGGGUUAUACUUUCCAUCAACUCUCUCUUUGAGAGAUCUCACUUUUUUGAUCCCUGUGGCACUAUCCUGGGAACUACCUAAGAAGAACUUGUUUACAACUUGGUAAGUAAUUAUUGAGACAUAAUAUCCUUUGAUUUCAACGGAAACAAAAAAAUUUCUGCUCUACCACUUCCGAAUGUCUUUAACUGUGUGUGUGUGUGUGUGUGUGUGUGUGUGUAACAUGCUUUACAAGCUGAGUAAAAAGCCAUUCAAGAAUGUAUUCUCUUUCAAGCUUCAACCUAUAGGACCUUAACCAACAAACUGUCUCAUGACAACAUUCAGAAGUACAGAAUGAUCUCUGUGUUCAAGUUAUUUAAAACCACCUUGAACAAGCUGAAAGAAGAAGAUCUGUCAAGACCAAAUUGACUUUUCCGCAAGAUGCAUCUGCAAACAUUUUGAAUGUGUAAUUGAUCAGAGAAAAGCAUCCAUUUUCACAUCUGAAACAGUUUCAUCUAUAAUCGUAUGGUAGUAGAUGCAUAGUACUAGUUGUUUAAACAUAUGUUACCGCGAGCAAGUGCUAUAGUCAUGGAUAUCUACUUUUCUUCGUGAACUAUAUAGUACUUCUGUUGCAAUCAAUGUGCAUACGAAGCGUAUCUUUUUUUGGUAAAAGUGGAACUACUUUUUCUCUAUUUUUCUUGAUUUUUUCCUCC